AUGGGUUGUGCCGGCUCCGCAGCAGCGCGCUACGAGGAGGCGGCAGCCGACGGACCCGAGGCGGCAGAGUCUGCGGAGGCCUCUUGGCCGCGGGGAGAGUGGCGAGUUGAGGUAGCGCAGGAUGACUGGAUCGCCCUGGACCAGGAGACGAGCCAGAAGCUCCUCGAAGAGUACUACAGUGGACGUACUGAGGCCACUUACUCCAGCUUCAACAACAACUACCAUGUGGACUUCUACGGACAGGUGCAGACGGACCAACAAACUGGAAGGCAGUGCCGCAUCUGCUGGUUCGAAGCUGCGGAGAUUCCAAAGUCAGAGACGGCCGGCCAGGAGGAGGUUACUGCGGCACCGGAGGUCUACCUCGGUGGGGAGUGGCUCAUCGAGGAGUCGUCGGAUGUUUGGAGGAGCCUGGAUCCAGAGGUGAGCGCUCAACUGUUGGUGGCCUACUACUGCGGCGACGAGCGCAUGGAGUACACUCUCGAGGGCAAGUCCUACGAGGUGGACCUCACCAGCUGGGAGCAGCUGAGCCGUGAGUCCGGAAAGAAGCAGCGCAUUUUCUGGAAUUCCAGCGACCCGCAAGCUGCCGAUGAGGCUACAGAGCUGCCAGAUUCACGCCGGGAGUCGGAGGCAUCGGAUCAGUGGCUGGAGCCGGGAGAGGAAGCCGAACGGCAGCUGCUCGCAGCUCUGGCCUCGGGUCAGGAAGUGGUCCGCUACUUCGUCAACGGCUGUGAGUUCGAAGUGGAUGUUGUCCGGCUGGUGCAGACGAAUCUCAGCACAGGGGAGCAGUGGAUGAUCGCUGUGGAGGGUGGCGAGGUGCCAUCGUCGACGGUGCCGUCGGCAACGGCCCCACCGGAGGCUCCGCCAGAAGUCGCCCCGGAAGCUUCAGUUCAGGAACCUGCUGCUGCAGAGGUCCGGGCCGGCGCAGAUGGCUCCUCCGCCUUUGCUGCCGGUGCCUCGGAGCCACGCGCAGUGCCGACGGCGAAGGGGAAGCCAAAGGCUUUUAUCUACAAAGCUGUCCCGGAUGCCACCAAGCAGCCGCCAAAGAAGAAGAAGUGGAGCCUCGCUCCAGGCCAGCAGCGGACGCGCAUCGCUGGCCCGAAGCCGAAGGCCGUUCCGGGGCCACAGCGCCCUGGGCCGCCCGGGCAGCCGACCGCAGCAAAGGCGGCCAUCGAGCUGCCGAAGGGCGUCGAGUGGCCAAAGGCCGACAAAGCGCGGCGUGUGGCCGAAACAGUCUUCCAGGACAUGCGAAAGCCGGAGCCCACAGAGUGCGCCGAACUUGAACAGAAGUUCCCUUUGGCUCGAGUGCAGGGCCUUUUCAGCUCGGGUGGAGUCGUGGGAUUGUCAAAGUCUGGGGCUGCAGCCUGUGAAGCCUUGCCCUAA